UUGGCUACCUUAAGGCCUACCCUUUUAAUUCCCAUAAUUUCAUAUAUCGUAGUUUUUUUCAGAAUAACAAGGAAAUGAGUAUAAAUUAAUUGUACCAUAGAGGGUUAAUAUGCAUCCUCCGGAAGAGCUCUGAAGGUGUGAAGGCUUUUAUUUUCUUGGUUGUCAGAAAAUAGCCUAUUUCCACUCUGCCUGUAAGAGCAACUGUCAAUCUAGUACUCACACAGUGGCUUCCAGUCCUGCAACCACAAUGGUAUCAGGUGGAGAAUUCAUUUACAUCUCUCUUGAAGUGCUCAUUGCAGUGGGAUGCUGUCUGGGCAAUAUGUUGGUGAUCUGGGCCGUGUGGAGAAGCGGAGCCCUGAACAAACCCACUUUCUGCUUGAUCGUGUCUCUGGCAGUGGCUGAUUUCCUGGUUGGGGCUGUGGCAAUUCCUCUGGCUGUGACUGUGGACCUCCACAUCAAAAUCCCUUUCCAUGCCUGUCUCUUCAUCAGUUGUUUUCUCAUCGUGCCUCUACAAGCAUCAGUGCUUACCCUCCUGGCUAUUGCUGUGGACCGAUGUCUGCGGGUUUGUAUCCCUUUCAGGUACAAGGCUACAGUCACUAAGAAGCGCUCAUGGUUCCUCGCCGCUGUGUGCUGGAUACUUGCAUCUUUUCUGGGGUUCUUACCCAUGUUUGGAUGGUACAACCAUGACACACUGACACGUUACAACUCCACCUCCAUAGAAUGUCAGUUCCUUGAUGUCAUUCCCAUUACAUACCUCAUCCACUUCAUCUUUGAAGGCUGUUUUCUUCCUCCACUGGCAGUCAUGAUCGCUUUGUAUUGCUACAUCUUUUUUAAAAUUAGAAGUGUUAGAGCAGGUGUGUCAGCUGAAACCAGUACAUGUAAAAAAAAGGAGCACAAACUAGCUACCUCUCUGGUUUUAGUCUUGGCUCUUUUUAUUGUUUGCUGGCUUCCGUUACACACGAUACAAUCAAUCACAUACUAUAACCAGAGUAUACAUGUCCCGUCCAUUGCUUUGUACUUUGCCAUUCUCCUCUCUCACACCAACUCGAUGGUUAACCCUGUAGUGUAUGCAUUCAAAAUCCCUAAGAUAAAGCGGGAGUACAGGAAGAUUUGGAGGAGGAUGAUUUGUCAACAGCAGCAGGACUCCUCCUAGUAACACCACCAAAAGCCAUGAUGCACGUGUUCCUGUGAAAAUCAGUCCACAGGGGGGAGCCAGUGACAUGACUGACUCCAUAGUAAAAUAAAU